AUGGCGGGCGAGAACCACGGCCCAUCUAAUCGGGAACUGUACGAAGCCUGCCUCACCGGCGCACAGGACCGCCCCUCCAUUCCUCGACUACGCUCCGACCCACCACCUUACCAGUCCAUUCCACACAGUCUCCAGGAGUUUCGCGCGCAAGAGAGCCCGGAGGAGCGAGACAGACGGCUUCGCGACCUAUGGGCGCGCCUACCACAACGCGACGGCACCCCUAGCGGGGAUGACGACUUGCCCCAGAUAAGUGCGGGGUCAGACGGGCCCUCGGUGCUGUCCGACGGUGUACUUACGGCGGAGACGGCGAAGCGCUUGCAAGGGAUGUACGAGGCCGAGUUACGCUCGCAAUGUGGGGUACACACGAGCGGCUUCCUGAAUCGCGCGGUGUCGUGGAGGGAGUUCAAGAAGUAUGCAGAUGCGAAGGAAGCAGAGCUUUGGCGUAUCUUCCAUGACGAACUCGACUUGGACGGUAAUGGUCGUCUCGACGCGGAGGAACUCACGCAGAUCUUGCAGAGAGCAGGCAUCCAACUAUCCUCAUCAACACUGGCUGAGUUUAUGACAUUCAUGACGUCCUCCGCCCAUUCGCAUGCCGUCACCUUCCCGGAAUUCAGGGACUUCCUCUUGCUGAUGCCCCGGAGAGCGUCGCCAAAGGAAAUAUUCCGUUACUACGAGGUGCGAAAAGUCACAGGUGACGAGGCCAGAGGUGCAGCCCGCGUCAACAUGGAAGGUGACGUUACUCUCAGUGCGGAAGACAUGUCCGUCAGCAGAGCGCCUGUUAUACAGCAACACCCAGCCAACCCAGCGACCGCAGAUACCCCCAUAGACCAUACCGUAGACCUGUACGAGGGGGAGGGCGAUGACGAGGGGGAGGAGUUUGACGAAGAGGACCAUCACAGCUGGUUCGAAGGGUCAACUGCCGCGAAGUUUCUUCUAGCAGGCGGCGUUGCUGGUGCCGUAUCGCGGACAUGCACCGCGCCAUUCGAUCGGCUGAAGAUCUUCCUGAUCACGCGGCCACCAGACCUCGGUGGUGUCUCCUUCAGCUCGAAAGCACCUGCUCGCGGUGUUCGUGCGAUCGGUAACGCUGUUGGGCGAAUAUACGCCGAAGGUGGUGUGCUCGCCUUUUGGACAGGCAAUGGGCUCUCUGUAGCGAAGAUCCUGCCUGAGUCGGCCAUCAAGUUUCUAACCUACGAAUCAUCCAAACGGAUGUUCGCCAAGCAUUGGGAUCACGUUGACGACCCGAGAGACAUUAGCGGUGUCAGCCGUUUCAUGUCCGGAGGGUUAGGCGGGAUCAGCAGUCAACUGUCUAUCUACCCAAUAGAGACACUUAAGACACAAAUGAUGAGUAGUACCGGGGAGACGAGACGGUCACUCGUCGACGCUGCCAGGAAAGUCUGGGGAAUGGGUGGUUUCCGUGCCUUUUACCGGGGAUUGUCGAUAGGGCUAGUUGGAGUGUUCCCAUAUUCGGCUAUCGACAUGAGUACAUUCGAGGCGCUCAAGCUGGCAUACAUCCGAUCAACAGGCAAAGAGGAGCCAGGAGUCCUUGCGUUGCUCUCGUUCGGCAGCGUAUCCGGAAGUAUUGGCGCUACGAGCGUAUAUCCACUGAACCUCGUCCGAACGCGAUUGCAAGCGUCGGGGUCGUCAGGUCACCCACAAAGGUAUAAUGGUUACAUGGACGUCGUCCAUACAACGUAUGCUCGCGAUGGUUGGCGUGGCUUCUACCGUGGGUUGCUUCCAACCCUGGCAAAGGUGGUACCAGCAGUGUCGAUAUCUUAUGUCGUGUACGAAUCUAGCAAACGCAAACUUGGUGUAUAA